AUUCUAAUUGAUUCCGCAUCGCCAUAGGAACCCGCUCCGGCGGCAGCGAGCGCCGCCGCUCCCGGGGCUCCGGGGAUGGCCGGGGAUGGAGCGGCGAGCCCGGGGCAGCCAGCCCCAGACAGCCGGACCCCAGCUCGGUGACGGGGCUGUGCCUGGCCCUGCUCCUGUCCCCACGCCGCUGCAGCCAGGAGCUCUGGGCUCUCCCAGGAGCCCAUCCCGAGGGGUUGCCCAUGGAAUAGGUGCUUUUCCAGGCGCCUGGGCACAGCGGGAGGCUGAAGUUGGUUGCCCCGGGGCACCCGAGCUCGCCGUGCCCUGGAGCCCCCGGCCUCUGCCAUGAAUGAUGCAUCCACCAUGGAUUAUGAACUGCUCUCCCCGUCCCUGGUGGAGCACCCCGCCGGCGCCGCGGGCAUGGACGCCGAGCAGAAAACUGUCUUUGCCUUCGUCAUCUUCCUCCUGGUGUUCUUGGUGAUGCUGAUGGUGCGCUGCUUCCGCAUCCUGCUGGACCCCUACAGCCGCAUGCCCGCCUCCUCCUGGACGGACCACAAGGAGGGCUUGGAGAGGGGCCAGUUCGACUACGCCCUGGUGUGAGGGGAGCCCGGGGUGGGCUCCGGGUCCCCUCCCCGCGCUGGCCCCGGCCCCGGCCCCCCCUCCCUCCGCGGUGCUCCCCGCAGGGAUGCUCCGGGCAGGGGGGCUGGCAGGGGGCUGCGGCCCCGGGGAGGUUUUCUAGGGGUUUCUCUCUUUUCUAAGCACUUUUCGGUUCUCUUGGCAGCCCGCGGGACGCUGGGGGCUGGACGGGGCUCGGGCUCCGCGCGGGCCCCUCUGCCCCUCGUGCCCCCGGGCACGGCGGAGGGGACGGGACGGGGCAUGGCGGGACCUGCCCCCGGCCCGCGGGACCCCUGGGCUGGGCUCUGCCCGGUGCCAGACCCGAGCUUUGACCCCUCCUGCCCCCCCGUGCCCCCCGGCGGUGCCCCCCGGGGAUGCCCCCGUGCUCCAGUGCGUGUCUGUGUGUCCUGUAGCUGAGCUGUGUCCGUCAGGGGUUUCUCGGCACCAGCCCCCAGUGCUGGCUUUGUUCCUCUCUGUGCCAGUCCCCAGCACCCCAAAAGGGAGGGGAGGGUGGAGACCCCCCCCUGUGCAGCCCCCCUUGGCCUCCAGCCCUUUCCCCUCCCCUCUGUCCCUGCCCAGCUGGUGACAACGCAGCGAGGGGCAGUCCUGGGGACACCAGGACGGGUCAGGGGUCCCCAAAACCCCAGGGGGAGGCUCCUGGGCCAGCACGGCGCUGGCAGCGCCCCGAGCAUCCCUGCUGGGGUGCCCGGCCCUUCCGCGGCUCUGGCAGGGCUCUGGAAGUGCCGAGGGGCGAGCGGGGGAGCUGCGGGUGGCCCCGGGGCUGCCAGAGGCCGAGCUGGCAGCGGGAGGGUUCGUGCCAAGGGAUUUGGGCCCGGGAGGGGUGGAAACCUCGCCCCCCCCGCCAUGGAAAUAAAGCAGCACCGUGCCGACCCCA